AGUUUUUCAUUUGCCUUCAGACCGUGAUCCUUGUAAGUUGUUCUUUUUUUCGAGCAGGAGAUUAUUCGAUGCACCGAUUUUUCUAGGCUCCGCUUCGCUCCCGAGUAGGAAAACAUUCAUUCAUCGUCCCAUUUAUAUUUGAAGUUUAGUUUGUUACUGUAAGACAUUUUUUAACACUAAAUUAAAAUGGGAUCCGUUGGAGGAGUUUUCUUGUUGUUCUCUGCAAUCUUGAUUUGGACAUCUCCCAACUUCGCAAUGGCAAAUAUUCGGGUCACUGAUUUCUUUGAGGACCAGUUGCACCAGGAUUUGACCAAAGUGACAUGGGCCCACGCCGUGAACAGUCAAGACAAGUUGAAUGAGGCUUUAAAUAGCGAUGUCAUGAUGUUGGAGGCCGAUAUUCUCAUGGGGACUAAAGAAGGUUCAGAUAAGAAGGUCCCGAUUAUGGCCCAUCCUCCCAACAACAUAUCGGACCUGCUCUUUGAAGACUUUCUUAAAAAGGUGAUAAAGGCAAAUGAAAACAGUAAGAAGGGAAUCAAGCUUGACUUCAAGGACAUUGGAGCCGUGACCCCAGUUAUGAAACUGAUUGAGAAGAAUAGACGACGAAAAGCUUUGAGUUUUCCGAUCUGGGUGAAUGCAGACAUUUGGGUGGGUCCGGUCAACGCCACAACACAACCCCUUGAUCCUGAGGCCUUCCUUGCACUGACUAGCAAAGAUGUUCGUAUCCAACCUACCCUGUCCAUUGGUUGGACUACACGUUUCGGGACGGAAAAGGAUCAAACAAUCUCAAAAGGACAAUACACCAACGCCAACCGAAUAGAAGCCCUAAGGUUUUUGGACACUGCAGGUAUCGACGGAAACAUCCGUGAAGUUACUUUCCCUGUUCGAGCUGGAAUUGCUGCCCAAUCGGCUGAUGUAUUGCUGGAUCUUGUGAAUCGUGCCGGAAAUAAGGCAACUUUGACGCUGUGGUCAAAGGAAGAUGACCCCGUCGACAUGGAUCAGUUGGAACACAUGGUCACCCUGAUUGGACGAGAGAGAAUAUACGCUGACCUUCCUUUCUCAUUACCUGGAUCAGAUGCAUCUGCAAUUUCAACCCACAAGGGCAAGGAUAAGAAGGAUGUCACUAUUGCUACAACAAAAAGACCAACAACAUCAAUAACGACUGCUACUACUACGAAAUCAACAGACUCGAGAAAGAUCAAAGACGAUAAAAAUAUUAAAGAUCAUUUAGUCAUUGUUGAAGAUAAGCUGGACCCUAACUCGACUGUUCACGUUAAUUCUGGUGAAGCGACUGCAUCAUUAUGGGUCGUGGUUGUGACCUCAUUGCUGUUCAUAUUCUGCACGUAUUAACUCAUGCCUGCAUGGUUUAAAAGAAUACGAUGUCAAUUAGACUGAACGUCUACGUUUCAUGCCAAAGAGUUCUACUCAAAUUGUAGAAGCCUUAUUUGAUUAUUAUUGUUAUCAAUUUCUAGUUAUACUAUCUAGUUGUGGCUUUGUUACACUCUAAAUUAAUGCAUCGUAAAUGUUAUCCAAAGUCUAUUAUUUAUUGAAAAACUAAAAAUGUGAUAUCAAACUAUUAUUUACUCAAAUUAAAAAUUCGUAUAUUACAAACCCAGAA